GGCAUACCUUGCGGGAAGCUGCGUCGCCGGCUGCAGCGCGCCCCGGGCCGUUGGCGCCUCGGGGGGGCCGGGGGCGCAGCCGGAGCGAAAGCAAGGGCGCCUCAUGCCGUCACCGCCUUCCCGCCGACCGCGUCCCGCCGCCGCCGCCGCCGGCGCUUCGCCUGACGCGCCCGACGUGCCCGACGUGCCCGGCGCGCCCGGCUCAGCGGGGGCGCUGCUGCCGGAGGAGGACGCCUACCGCCUGGUCUUCGACAAUGCCGGGGUGGGCAUCUUCAAGUCGACGCCCGAGGGCCGCUAUCUGAUGGUCAAUCCGGCCCUGGCGGAGCUGCUCGGCUUCGAGUCGGUCGCGGCGAUGAUGCGGGCCGACAUCCACGAGCUCUACGCCGAUCCGCGCCGACGCGAGGAGUUCAAGGCGCUGAUCGCGCGCGACGGCAAGGUGCGCAACUUCGUGAUCGAGGCCAAGCGCAUCGACGGCGCGCACAUCUGGAUCUCCGAGACGGUGACCCUGGUGCGCGGCACCGACGGCGGGCCGGCCUACUACAUCGGCACCACGGUGGACAUCACCCGCCAGGUCGAGGCCUCCCUGGCGUUGGCGGCGGCCGAGCGCGACUACCGCGAGAUCUUCGAGCACGCGACCAUCGGGAUCUACCGCUCCUCCAUCGACGGGCGGCAGCUCCGCGCCAACCCGGCGCUGGUCCGCCUCAACGGCUACCGCGACGAGGCCGAGCAGCUCGCCGCCGUGCACGACAUCGGCGCGGAGUGGUACGUCGACCCCGGCCGGCGGACGGUCUUCGUCGAGCGGCUGCUGGCCGACGGCCGGGUCGAGGAUUUCGUCUCCGAGGUCUACCGCCACCGCACGCGCGAGCGCAUCUGGGUCAGCGAGACCGCGCGGCUGGUGCGCGACGAGGCCGGCAACCCGCUCUACUUCGAGGGCACGGUGCAGGACAUCACCGACCAGGUGCGCGCCCGCGAGGAGCUGAUCGCCACCCGCUCGGAGGCGGAGGUGAUGGAGCAGGAGGUCUUCGGCCCGCUCGGCUCGGCGCGCUACCGCGGCUACCUGACCGAUAUCCGGGCCAGCGGCCUGCACCUGCUGCAACUGCUCGACGACAUCCUCGACCUCUCGAAGGUGGAGGCGGGCAAGCUGGAGCUGGAGGAGCGGCCCUGCGAUCUCUUCGCCAUCUUCGAGGAGGCCGCGCGCAUGCUCGAGACCCUGGCGGCGCGCAACGGGGUCACCCUCUCGCUGCAGGGCGCCGGCCGGCUGCCGGCCUUUCUCGGCGAUCCGCGCCGGCUGCGCCAGAUCGCGCUGAAUCUGCUGUCCAACGCGGUGAAGUACAACCGCCGCGGCGGACGGGUCGAGGUGGCCAUGGAGCCGGAGCCCGACGGCGGGCUGCGCGUGACCGUGGCCGACACCGGCCUCGGCAUCGCGCCGGAGGACCAGGCGCGCGUCUUCGAGCCCUUCACCCAACUCAACCGCGCCCAGAGCGACCGGCAGGAGGGCACCGGCCUCGGCCUGCCGCUCUGUCGCCAGCUCGUCGAGCUGCACGGCGGCCGCCUGCGGCUCGACAGCCGGCUGGGCGAGGGCACCCGGGUGGCGAUCACCCUGCCGGCCGCGCGC